UCGAAUGAGCCCCUCCCGGACUUCAUUCAGAGAAUGCAGGACUAUACAGCCGCACUCACCCAGGUCAAGGAACAGCAAGAGGCUGCCGCAGCCGAAAGACUACGGCUAGCAGAGGAAGCUGCAGCACAAACCCGGCGUCAAGCCGAGGCAGACCGGUUGGCGAUCGAUCAGCUCAACGCCGGCAGCGCUGAACUUGUAAGUGCUAACCAAGCACAAUGGACAGCGGUGCUCAACGGGAUGCGUUAUGUCCCGGUACCCGGCAGCGAGCCGACAACAGUACAGCAGGAGAGGCAAGACCUGGCAGAUAUUCUACUCCAUACAAUGCGCGCCAUCAUUUGGAACAGCACCAUGGGGGAGCUGCAUUUCCAGUCCACACUGCAGCUGCAGCACGAUCUGAGCCACAUCGUGAAGAUACUUGCAGCAGCUGUCAAGGUCACAGACAACCAGCUGAAACAGCUAGAUGCACACAUUGCUACCUUGGAGGCAAGGCCUCCCCAAGCAGCGCCAGGCUGCACGACAGAUAUGACAGACAUGACGAAGCAGCUCAAUGGGCGCAUCGAUCAUGUCGUCAAUCUCAGCGGCGACAUAGGUGUUUUCAAUGGGCCGGACACGAUCAGUAGCACGGUGGCCGCCAUCAAGACGGACAUCACCAAGCUGCUGACGAAACCGGACGCCGCCACGAAGAAUUACAAGAUGCCACACUUCGACAUCAGCAAGUUCGACGACCACAACAAGACGGACGCUUUGGCAUGGUGGCAACGUUUCCUCACGGAAGCAUCAUGCCGCACUGUCCCGGCCGACGACAUGAUGAAGGCGCUAUACUUACAACUGAUUGGAGGAGCGCAGGCAUGGAUGAACCAUCUGGCGACUACCCAAAAAUGCACCAUCGCCGAACUCCACACGCACCUCACGUGGAAAGAGUUCGAGAAGCUAUGGUUCACCCGGUUCAUGGUCCUCAACGUCGUGAAGGCGGCCAUGAACGAGGUGUACACCUGCUCUCAAGGGAGUAUGCCAACUCGAGACUGGACAACCAAGUGGCAGAAGAUAGUGACCACGCCAGGCUUCGAUUUGAGUUUUCCUAAUCAACGAUCCGAGUUCUUCUCGCGAUCGUGCGCAGGAUUGCGGUCGGCACUCGGUAACGAGUACGACUAUACCUUGUUCCAGGCUAUCCUGGAUCGCGCAAACCUGGUCAUCCAAACGGACGACAAGGCCGCUAACGAGAAACAAUCCCAGCCGCAUUAUGUGGCUAAGCAGGGCUAUCAACGUCCGGCACAUAACAAUGUCGUGAUUUCUGAAGAAACAGACGAUCUCCACGCUGCAGCAGCAGCAUCGAGUGAUGGAGGAAUUGUAGCAGCGCUCCCGCCGAAGCGUCCCAAGAGAGUUCGGAAGAACAAGGCGACACAAGAGACGGCAUCGACAGGAACUGGGCAGCAGCCAUGGACGGCUUACAAGAUAACCAGGGAUGUCUAUGACCUUCGUCAAAAGUACAGAUACUGCCUUUGGUGCAACGGCGUCAUGCAUUUGACUGCACAAUGCCCCGAAAAGGGCAAGACACGCGUACCCCCCAAGUACAAAGCGAAUCUCGACAAGUGCGAAUUCGCCAAGCAAGAGCUUGAGUACUUGGGUCAUUUUGUCACGCCAAAAGGCAUUCGUCCCUUAGCGGACAAGAUCCAAGCCAUCGUGGAUUGGCCGGAACCCCGUUGCACGACGGAUGUACGCUCUUUCAUGGGUUUGGCUGGAUAUUAUCAGCGAUUCGUCGAGUCAUACUCGAAAGUGGCUGCUCCUUUGUCGAGACUUCAGUCCCCGAAGRUGCCCUUCGAGUUCGACGACGCAGCCCGUGGCGCGAUCACUACGUUGAAGGCGGCAAUGCAAGCCGCACCUGCCCUCCGUAUAUAUGACCCCACCCUUCCCACCCAAGUGACUACAGACGCUUCGGGAUACGGUAUUGGUGCGGUGUUGGAACAGUGUCACGUGGACGGUUGGCAUCCGGUCGAGUACUUCUCCCAAAAGGUGCCUCUCGUAAACACUCUCGACGACGCUAGGAAGAAAGAGCUACUCGCGUUCGUCACCGUUCUCAAACGGUGGCGCCACUUUCUUCUCGGCCGUCGGCGUUUUAAAUGGAAUACGGACAACAAUCCGUUGACCUUUUACAAAACGCAGGAUACGGUCACUAGCAUGAUCGGUCGAUGGAUGUAUUACAUCGACCAGUUCAACUUUGACCCGUGCCACAUCCCCGGUCCCGCCAAUCGAGCUGCGGACGCCCUCUCACGACGGCCCGACUUUUGUGCCAUUGUGACCACGGCAUUCGACCUCGAUGACGAUCUSCAGCCGCAUUUCGUCAAAGGCUACAAGUCCGACCCGACUUACUCUACGCGGAGCUUUCAUCGGAUCACCCGCCGGCUAGCCACUAUCGGAUUUCCGACGGCGCCUGAGCUCGCACGACUCUUGCACACCGGUUGGAUUACCAACCAGGGUGUUCCGGAAGACAUAGUGAGCGACCGAGAUACUCGCUUCAUGUCGGCCUUUUGGACUUCCCUCAUGGCUGAGUCCGAUACGACAAUGAAGCCGAGCUCGUCUCGGCACCCGCAGACGGAUGGCCAGACGGAGCGAACGCACCAGACCGCUCAGAUGAUGUUGCGUACGCUCAUCCGUCCCGACCAAAAAGAUUGGGUUCACCGGCUUCCCGACAUCGAGUUCGCCUAUAACACUUCGGUGCAUCCGGCGAUCUGCAUCACACCAUUCGAGCUACAUCAUGGUGGAGAGAAAGCACGGAUCUUCGCUGAUCUCCUUUUGCCACAGGCUGCCGACAUAGACGUCCCUUGCUCUCCUGCUUCCGUUCGAAAGUACCGGGACUUGCUAAUCAAAGCCCGCGCGAAUAUGCAAAAGGCUCAGAUCCACAUGCAGCAGCAGGCUAACCGACGUCAACUUCCAUGUCCUUUCCGCGAGGGAGACCUUGUUUGGGUCCUCUCCGAGGAAUUUGCGCUCGAGCAGGACGUUUCGCGCAAACUCCUUCCGAAAUGGUUCGGACCAUGGGAAAUCACUUUUGUCGUUGGAGACGACCCCGCAGGUCCUUCCUUUGUGGUCAACAUUCCUCCGCACCUUCCAGUGCACCUUGUCUUCCACGCGUCGAAGCUGGCCAUCUACACGCCACCUUCCGCCGACGAGUUUCCCGGCCGUCGAUUACAGGAUCCGCCUUCUAUGGACGGACAUCAGGAAGUCGACCGAGUCAUCACGCAUCGCAAGUAUACCGAGUCAUCACGCAUCGCAAGUAUGGCAACAAGCCAAUGCAGUUCAAAGUCACAUUCAAGCAAUGUGCGCCCGAUGACACUCGAUGGAUCUCCAGUACAGAUUUGCAGACUUCUGCACCCCUUAUCUUCGCCAACUAUGAGAAGCGACGCCUUGCUAAGGAAGCAGCUCGUCCCGCCCGACCCAACCCGGUAUCGAACAGACAACUUCGCCCUCGCAGGUAGCUCGAUCUUUUAAGAGGGGGAGUGUGUUACAUCUUCGAUGCCACACGGGUCCUACCGGACCCGUCUUAGGGUUAGAGGGACAUAUUAGGGCCUAAAGG